CCUAUACACAGGGACAUUAGAGGAAAAAGCGACCGUCUCUUGCCUUGGAAAUGCGCGUCAGGGGACCGCGGUAGCCAAUCUGCUUGAGCACGUAUAGACGCUUGUAAUUCAUGAGACCCCUUGCUGUCUCGCGCAGUGCUCUCUUUCCGCACAUAGCGGUGUUCUUGCUGACUCAGUGCCUUGCUCCCUUUUCUCGCCAAGCACCGACCAGAAACUGCGACGCACGCUCCCUCCAGUAGCCUAUAGCCCACUUCAGCGCCACCAACGCCGCACAAACCGACUGACAUGGCUAAAACAGCAAUUGCAUACAAAGAGAAGAUGAAGGAGAUUUCUGUCCUGUCUCUUCUCUGCUCUUGCCUGUACCCCGAGGCACGCAAGAACCUGAUGGGAGAGUUCCAAGUAGCAGGCAUGGAGGUGAAGCCCAUCAACAAGCGUGCCUCUGGCCAGGCCUUUGAAGUGAUCCUGAAGCCCCCCUCCCCUGUGUCGGACGCAGCCCACUGCGUCACCUCGCCCCCUAAGCGGGAGGUCUCUCUGGAGGACAUCCAGAAGAAGCUGGAGGCCGCUGAGGACCGGAGGAGAUCCCAGGAGGCCCAGGUUCUCAGGGCCCUGGCGGAGAAGCGGGAGCACGAGAGGGACGUGCUGCUCAAGGCCAUGGAGGAGAACAGCAACUUCAGCAAGAUGGCAGAGGAGAAGCUGACCAUGAAGAUGGAGCAGAUCAAGGAGAACCGGCAGGCCUACCUGGCCUCCAUCAUGGAGCGCCUGCAGGAGAAGGAGAGGCAUGCCCAGGUGGUGCGCAGGAACAAAGAGCUCAGGGAAGAGCUGACAGCGUGAGCAGUCGAGGGGCGCCACCGACCAUUGUACCCCCCUACAGCCACCCUACCCCCCUACAGCCCCCC